AUGUCCAAUGAAUGUUGGAAUUUGAACACACACUCAUGGAAACUUACAGAAAGGACAGCAUAUGAAUGUGAACAUUGUGGAAUGAAGAUCAAUCAAGGCAAGAGUUUGAAGAUACAAUUAACAAAACAUAAAGGACUAGUAGCAUAUGAAUGUGAACAAUGUGGACAAACAUUUACGCACCAGAACAGUUUUAAAACACACUUAAGGACACAUACUGGAGAGAAACCAUAUGAAUGUGAAUAUUGUGGUAAAAGAUUUGGACAAACUGGCAAAUUUAAUGCUCAUUUAAGGAUACACACAAGAGAAAGACCAUUUGGAUGUGAAAAGAGAUUUAAUCAAAAUAGCAAUUUGAAAUCACAUUUAAGGAUACAUACAGGAAAAAGACCGUAUGAAUGCGGACAUUGUGGAGAGAAGUGUAUUACCAGUAGCACUUUGAAAACACAUAUAAGGAUACACACAGGAGAAAAGCCAUAUGAAUGUGAACAUUGUGGAAAGAAAUUUAGAAUUAAAAGCAGUUUUAGACAACAUUUAAAGAUACACACAGGUGAAAAACCUCAUGCAUGUGAACAUUGUGGAAAGAAAUUUUUUCAAAGGGGCGUUUUGAAAGAUCACAUAAGGAUACACACAGGGGAGAGACCAUUUGAAUGUGAACAUUGUGGGAAGAAUUUUGCAAACAGGAACACUUUGAAAAUACACUUAAGGAUACAUACUGGAGAGAAGCCAUAUGAAUGUGAAUAUUGUCGAAAACGAUUUAAACACACUGGCAGCUUAAAUGCGCAUUUAACGAUACACACAGGAGAAAGACCAUUUGAAUGUGACAAAUGUGGAAAGAAAUUUUCGCACAAGAACACUUUGAGAACACACUUAAUGACACAUACUGGAGAGAAGCCAUUUGAAUGUGAAUAUUGUGGAAAGAGAUUUAUUCAACAUAACGCUUGGAAAUUGCAUUUAUGGACACAUACAAACGAGAAACCAUAUAUAUGUGAACAUUGUGGAAAGAAGUGUAUUACAAGUUUCAAUUUGAAAGAACAUUUAAGGAUACACACAGGAGAAAGACCAUUUGAAUGUGAUCAAUGUGGAAGGAAAUUUAGGAUUAAAGAAACUUUAAGACAACAUUUAAAGAUACAUACAGGUGAGAAACCACAUUCAUGUGAACAUUGUGGAAAGAAGUUUAUUCAAAGUCGCGAUUUGAGAAGGCAUUUAAGGAUUCACACAGGAGAGACACCAUAUGAAUGUGAACAUUGUGGAAAGAAAUUUGCAGACAGUAGUUGUAUGAAACAACAUGUAACCAGACAUACAGAUGUUUCUAGUGAAUGUAAACAGUGUGGAAAGACAUUCUUAUUUAAACAGUCUUAUUUAAGACACAUGAAGAUACAUGCAGGUGAUGUGCCAUUUGAAUGUGAACAUUGUGGAAAGAAGUUUCUUGACAAUAGUCAUUUGAAAGUACAUUUAAGAGUCCACACAGGUGAGACUCCGUAUGAAUGUAAACCAUGUGGACAGAGAUUUAAAUACAAUCACGGCUUGAAAAGACAUUUGAAUUGUGGCUCACAUAAAAACUAG